CUAGACUUGUCGCGGCUCAGGGCUCCGCAGGGGACCUGGGGCUGCGGGAGAGUGACCUUCAGCUUGUAUUUCAGGAACGGAGUCUUGGUGUUGGAUGGACGUCACUCGGAGGUCAGAAAGUCUUCAAUAUCUCCUCCUCCGCCGCGACCCAGCUCACUCCGCCCCAAUGUUUUUGGCGUCGGACCAGCCCCUGCCGCCAUUUUACCGCCCCCUGGGCGGUCCCGGGACUCCCUCCGGGCUGGAGAAAUCCGACGGUGGGCCGCGCCUCCUGCUCGGGUUCAGGGUUUAGAACCUGCGGUCUAGACUCCCGAACCGUGAUUGAGGCCAGAGUUCGAAUUCCACCAGGCUCUCCCGAACCCCCUUCUGAGCCCCAGGAUUGUCUUCCCAGAAUGACUUCAGUGACUAGAUCAGGGAUGGUUGCAGAAGAGGAGCCAGUGAUGUCUGUGACUCAUGCUCAUCCGUUGAAAUCAUGUUCCAACCCUGUGGAAGUUUGUGCUAAAUCACCUGCUUCCCUGGAGAUGACUCAAAACUGUACAAAGGAAAGAAGUCACCUUGGGUCUAGCCCCCCAAAAGGAGGAUAUUGUAAUCUCAGUCUCCAGGAAGAACUUCAGUCCAAGUCCCUUCAUUUGUCCCCCCAAGAACAAUCUGCCCAUCAUCAAAGCAGAAGGCAAUCCUGGCGGCGAUCAAGUUUGAAAGGAGUGAACCGGCGGAAGUCACUGCUUCCCUUUGACCAGGGCAUCACAGCGCUCAGCAGAUCCAUCAGUGUUGACUUAGCAGAAAGUAAACGGCUUGGCACACUCCUGCUUUCCAGUUUCCAGUUCUCUGUUAAGAAAUUGGAACCUUUCCUAAAGGACACCAAGGGCUUCAACCUUGAAAGUUUUAGAGCCAAAGCAUCUUCUGUUUCUGAAGAAUUAAAACAUUUUGCAGACAAAUUGGAAAGUAAUGGAACGCUACAAAAAUGCUUUGAAAAGCCAAAAGGAAAAGAAUCCGAUUUCUGUCUGGAAGCAUCAAUGGCUGAGAUGAAAGAACACAUAGCAAAAUUUACUUCAGAACGUCAUACUUGGGAUCAACUCUUGGUGAAGUACCAGAAGGAGGCUGAAGAGAUUGUAUCUAGGAAAUCAACUGAAGACAAAAUUGUUGAAGUAGGUCCUGCAACAUAUCUUGGGUCUUCCCAGAAUGAAGUUCUGAAUACAAAGCCCGACUACCAGAAAAUACUACAGGACCAGGACAAGGUCUUUGAUUGUAUGGAAUUGGUGAUGGAUGGACUGCAGGGAUCCGUGAAGCAGCUGCAUGCCUUUAUGGACGAAAGUUCCCAGUGUCUCCAGAAGGUGUCAGUGCAGCUAGGGAAAAGAAGCAUGCAAAAAUUAGAUUCCUCACCAGCUCGUAAACUGCUCAAGCUUCAGCUACGAGAUCAGCCUACCACCCGUUGACCUGGAUCUUGGUGACUGCGGCGUUUGUGUCUGCAUGACGAAAGGAAUGGAAAGCUGUUCAUCAGUUGGCAGAUAUCUCUGACUGACGGUCAGAGACUUGCCUUUGAAGGUGCCUGUCAAGCCAUGCAUUCCGUAAGCACAUUGUUACCCUCAAGGGUAGUUUCCAUGGAAGCCUAGACACUUCCCAUUCAUAUGCGAAGUGCUGAAAACUUCUUUUGUAGAAUGAUGUUCAGAACCAGUGACGUAUUUUUAACAUCCCUCCUGGUCAAAAAUCUUCAACCUCUGAAGAUGUUUUGCUGUUUUUGAAAUAGUUCAGCCAUUCAAGACUAAGUCCCAUGAAACAUUUAGGGGAUAAGUUGGGCUCUGCUUUUAAAGUCAUGAGACUGGUUUUCUUUUCUUUGUUGAGACUGGUUUUUCAGUUUGUCUCUGAAGAUGAUUCCAGGAAGAGGAGAUUUGAGCACUUGACUCAAUGUCCAAAGUGAAGGAAAUGCCAGUCAUUCUGGAUGCCAUGCUAUUUGCACUGUGCUUUCACCCUUGCUAGUUGACAGACUAAACCCUGAACUCAUUACUUGAAGGGGAUUUGCAUUCUUUUUACUUGUUUUAUAUAUUUAUAUUCUAAAAUUGUACAUAGUUAAAUUGCUUUAUAAAUUUUCUUUGUGAAUACAUGUUUUUUCUUUGUGAAUAUUUUCAGUGUAUAUAUUAAAGUAAGGACGCUUUAGCAGAAAAUAGAAUUCCCUGGCAAGAUGCUAAAGUUGGUGUGAAGAUAGGUGUCAACACUGGUUAUCAAUAAAACUUAAAUAGUUAUUGUU